AUGGCCGACAGCAGUGAUCAGCAACAAAAAAUCAACACGCUCUUGGAAGAAGGCAAUCGAUCCUUGUCCCUCAACGAUUACGAGACCAGUGUGGAAAAGCUCGGCGAAGCUUGUCAGUUACUUGACUCCAUCCACGGUGAAUUGGCUCCUGAGAGUGGUGAUGCCUACUUUGCAUAUGGUCGUGCUCUCUUGCAACACGCUAUUCAACAAAACACAGUAUUGGGCGACUCCAAGCGUCAAGACGAAGCUGCAGCGGCUUCCACAGCAUCAUCAGAAGCCAAGCCAAAGACUACAUCCAACUCCAAGUUCCAUUUUGAAGAUGAUGAACAAGAAGAGGAGGAGGAUCAAGAACAAGACGAGCAGCAGCAACAACAAGGCGAUGAUGAGGAUGACGAAGAUGACUUUCAGACUGCAUGGGAGAUUCUUGAUUUGUCACGUGUGAUUCUUGAAAAGAGCGACGACAAGGAGACGCGAUUAAAAUUGGCUGAUGUGCAUUUAUGCCUUGGUGAUGUGUCAGUGGAAACAGAAAAAUUCGAUCAAGCAUUGCCUGAUUAUAGGAAAGCGUUGGAGAUCAAAAAGGAGUUAUUGGAUCAAGGCGAUCGUCAGUUGGCCGAGGCACAUUACAAGUUGGCAUUAGCACUCGAAUUUUCGACAAAUGAAGGAGAUCAAGCUGGUGAAGAGAUCAAGAAUGCCAUCCAAGUCCUCAAGAAGCGAAUUGAGAGUAUACAGGCUGACACUAGCAAGGAUGAGGAGGAUGUCAAAGGAAAAGGAAAGGCUGCUACGACCCCUGCUGCUGCUGAUGACAACAAGGAAGUCAAGGAAAUCAAGCAAUUGAUUGUUGAUAUGGAGGAAAAGGCUGAAGAACUGACAAGUCGCCAAGAGAAACAAAAGGAAGCAGAAGCAUUACUCAAGAGCUUCCUGGGUGCUGGUGGACAAUCGGCCGUCGCAGCUCUCAACACAGCCACUGUCAAUGACCUUUCAUCCAUGAUCAAGCGCAAAUCAACCAACAACCCUGAUGGAAACAGCAACAAGAAGCAAAAGCAAUAA